AUGCAUCCAACUAUAUUGUGGGAGUUUUAUUUAGACAAAGGGUUGACAAGAAGUUUAAAUUAUCAGCAUAAACAACUUAAUGAUGCAUCAUGUAGUGGUUAUUAUGCUAAAAAGAGUGAAGAUCAUGCUUAUAAUCUUCUUGAAGAUUUUUCACUUUCUUAUAAUUAUGCCUCUUCAGAUUUUGAUAAAACUAAUCCUCUCUUGAAAAAAGAUGCUGUUUAUGAAUUGAUGAAGCAUGAAGAUAAGAAUUUUAGGAAUGAAGUCAAUGAGAUAAAGAAGAAGUUGGAGAAGCUGCCCUCUUCUCAAGGUACACAAAACCCUAAUUCUUCAACUUUGAAAAUUUCAAUUUGUUAUAUUUGUAUUAGCAUUGGUCAUGAUGAAAAUACUUGUCUGAAAUUUAUACAAUCUAUGAAUCAUGAUCACAAGCAUGUCAAUGUAUUUUUGAAACCUAAUUUUAAUUCUUGUCCUCAUUAAAAUUAUCUUUGGAAUUCAAAUCCACAAGGCAUGCAAUUUUCAAAACCUCCAUCUUACGAUUUUCAAAAUACAAAUCCUUGUUAGAAUCCUUUAUAUUCUCAAAAUUCUAAAACUUCUGAAAUUUUUUAAACCCAUCCAUUUUUAAAUAUAAUUUUAAACAAUCAUGUCUCCUUUUCAAAAUCAGAUGCCUUCUCAAAAUACUCCUCAUCUUCAAAACCAUUUUCCACAUCCUAUGCACAAUAGAGUGCCUUUAGGAGCUCCAUCUCAUGUUCAUAAUCCCAUUUAGAGGAAACUAUUAAUUCUUUGAAGCAUCAUUUGCAUCAUCAGCAACAAGCUAUGGUAGAACUCAUGGCCUAAAAUUAACAAAUAUUACAAAUGUUUCAGAGGUCAAACAAUCAAGUGGGCCAAACCCAAGAGGGCAACUCUCUAAUCAAGCCAUAGCUAAUCCUAAGAAUGAUCCUCUUGGUUUUGCACCUUCUUCUAUCCCUAAUGUCUCCAUGAUUGAUGACAAGACGUCAGUAAUAGCCAAGGAUCUCAAAUAGAAGAGAAGGAGGUGAUGAGACUUAGGAAUGGUAAGUUGAUACCCAAAGCCACUAGGGUGCCUUCUAGUGAUCGAAGCUGA